UCCUUUAUCGUUUCCAUAAAUGGUACCGAGAUCUUAUCACGUGAUCACCAAAAAUCGCCAAACCUCGCAGAGCACAGUGGGAACGGUUGGUCGGAUCGAUAGACAGGAUUGUCAAAGCUACAAGUUAGUAAAAUCGUAUGUGAUAAACACACACACAGAAGAAUUUACGUAAUUAUGAGUUUACGUAUAAACUACGUCCUUAUUAAUCGUACAGCAGAACGUAGUGUGAGAACAUUGGUUUAAAUGGAAUGGAAAGUGUUGAUGCUCCGCAUUACGUCACACCUCUGUUCUCUGCGGUUCAAUCAAGUAUGGUGGAUCAGGUCUUUUCGGUUGUCAUGUGAACUGGAAUAGCGCAUCAAAGGAUAAAUCAUGAUUUCAGCAAUGCCCGCUGUUGCCUUGAGAAGGGAGAGGAAGAAGAUCAAGCAACCUCCGAGCAGAAAUAGCAGCUUGACUUCGCUGUCGAAAGGAAGGUUACCUCGAUAUAAGAGAUCCACAACGCAGAGUAUCAGCACUAUUAACAGUCUACAAGAAAGUCAAUCCGGACCUAUAUAUAUAUCGAGACACAGGAAAACAUGUUACAUCGAAAAGGAGAAGCUUCGCAUUUUGAUGUACAUUGGAACGAUAUUCUUAAUGACUGGCUUGGUUUUAGUUUUUGUUGGCGUUGGUGCUAAUGUAUCCACUACUCACACUAUAGGUUUGUGUUUUAUUGGCAUUGGUUCCUUGCUGUGCUUAAUUAAAGUAUUCUGCGCCGAAAGUCAGUCCGAUUUUGGUAGGAAAACAGUCGUGGCCAGAGAUUCAGCAAAUGAAAAUUUGACGCCCACGUCGCCAGUUCCUGAAGAGAAUGAUUUCGGGACAGAUCAUAUGCAAUCCCUUCCAUUAUCGCCAACUGAAGAAUCCAAUGUUACGAGCAAUCAGACUAACAGUCUAACUCCAACCAGUUUGAACAGUAUUCCUGAGACUCAAGUACUCAUCAACGAAGACAAAGAAAAGUUUUGAGAAACCCGAAAACUGAAAGAAUAAACACAAACCAUUUGUUACAUUACAUAAAAAUUAUUAGAUGAGAUUAUAUGACGUUCGAAAUACGUCUUUUAAAGUACAGUAUUGUCGUCUUUUGAACUAUGUCUAGUUACUGAAAUUCAGUGUAGAGUAGAUACGAAUUAUAAGGCUGAUAAUUUUGUUCUAUUCGAAGGACUAAAUUUAAUAGUCCUUAUGUAGCUCUUGUCCAUUUUAUGAUAAAAAUACCUAUCCUAAAAUAUUUAUCAUGCAUUCAAAUUGUACUAAAAAUAAUUACAUUGUAUAUGUUAUUAGAGAGCAUAGAAUACUGUACGUAGAUAGAAAAAAAUUGAAAUAUAUGUUCAUUUAUGCUUUUUGGAUUCUAGUAUUGAAUCCUACUAAAUUUUAACAAUUUUUCCAUAAAAAAAAAUAUCUAUCUUUUAAUUGAAAUACAAAACAAAAAAAUAAAUACUUGCUUAGCUACUACUUAUUAUUUUAAUGGUGUAUUUAAAUAAUUAUUAUUAAUGUUGUUGCUACAGUUAAAAACAUUGUUAAAAUAUAUUCAUACAUAAAUUUAUUAUUAUUAUUAUUUAACUUCAGUAUUACAUGUGUUGGCGGAAUAGGCUGGAUCAAAUCGAAUAAUUUAAAAUUUUAAUUAAAAAAUUCAUUAUUUUUUUAAGAACCUAAUAGAAAUAUAGAUAAAAAAAUGAUCCAUAAAAUCAAUAAUAAUGCCAAUUUCGCUAUCAUUGUUUAAGAAUAAUAAGUAAAAAUACAGUAGACCCCCCUAUAACACUGUUGAUAAUUCCUUUUUAUACGAAUUCCAUGU